AUGGGUAAUACAGCCUCGGUCGAGGAGGGCCGGAGAACAACUUAUAAGCUGGCAAAACCCCGAGUCGGCAGUCAUGAGACCAACACCUUAUUAGGCCCUAUCGGGUUGACUGACCCAAGACGGCGUUUCUCAGUUUCAAGAACUGCCUCUCUUCCUUAUGGCACCUCGCCAGCUCCAUCUCCAAUGUUUCCCAGUACCGAGUCCGCAAUGGAAGGCCCUCCCGAGAUCAAAGAGGAGACGACGAACAGAAAGUCUCGGUCUCGUUCAAUAUCCCGCACAGCUACAGCCCUGUUCCGGUCAAGAUCAUCACAGCCUUCGCAGAGUCCGCGGCGGAGGCAGAAUAGCAUCGGGGUGCAGAACACCUCCCAAAGCACCAGGCCGAGCAGGGCGAAUUCAGUUAUCGUAGGCGGCUCCGAGCCGCACUAUGCUCAGUCAAAUGUUGCUGUGUGGAACACUCCUGUCCGGCCGAGUGCGGGAUCUCGUCGUACCUCUGUAACCUACGACCUUAACUCGUACGAAGCAAAGCGACUGCUGAACCUGGUGGAGGAACCGGCCUACGAAAAGAACUCGAUAGCCUCAGAGAGCUGUUUCCAGGCUGUACGCCCUCAACGAAGAGCUUCGAUUCAGUCCCCCGUUGGAGACAAAACCGCAAAUGCUAACAUUGGGAGGGCGAGCUCCGAUGUAUCAUUGUAUGUGCCCAUGAGGAGGAAAUCGCUUAUCGCGACGCCUGGAGUGGCCACUAGAGCACCAGCACCACCGCCACCAGUACCGGCAGUACCGGCAAUGCCACGGAAGUCGUAUGCGAGAUUCAGUCUGCCGUCAACACCAGCUCGCCGGGAUUCCUUAGAUUCCAUAGCCGGUAGCAUCCUUUCAAUUCCGCCACUGAGCAUCAAUCCUGACUCAUUCCCCCGUGCGACGACUCCCUGCGACGAGGACUAUGGCCACAUUGGCGCUUUCAAGAUAGGGUCUUUGCGAAUCACAAAUGGUAGCCCAGCGAUGAGCCCGGCCGUCGAAACUCCCAUGGAUAUGUUGCCUUCACUUCAGGAGCGAACUGAGAGAGACAGUUACUUUGCAGGCGAAUCAGACUACCCAUCCAACAGUGCUCCGACAGCACUCUUGCUUACCACCGACAAUGAGCGCACACCGCAGAAAACACAUUUGCUAAGCCCGCUCGUAACUUCAAAGCAGGCUUCCCGCAAUAUGAUUGCAGUGCCUGCGUCGACAAAGUUCUCACAGUACCUGCCAGAAAUUCAAUUGAGCCCGGUGGAUGUGGAGAACUAUUCCGACGCACAUGCUACAGGCCUUCUGACGACCAGCAAGCACACCGCAUUGGAGGAUGAUCUGUUCGAGGAUGACCAGUCAGAGUACUGUCAGUCUGAAGUCUUGGAUGUCCGUAUAGACUUGAAUGCGAAGUCUCUGCCGCCUCGUCCACGUUUGAUAUCGGAAGGAAGAAACAGUCGGGAAAUGAUGAGAUCCGAUAGCGGAGUGGUUGCGACCCCUAUUCUCGAGGAAAUCCCACAAGCACAAGCAGCGCUGGCGAAAAGCGACUCCGGCUACAGUUCCAAUAUGUCACUCCGCUCAUUCUCCGCGAGGCCGUCUGUGUCCGAGAAGGAAGAGCACAUGGCCGAUACAGAAGACCCGCCGCAAACGCCUCUAAAGGAUCUGUUAUCGGCAGUGCAUGAAAAUCCUGCCGACACCAAUCCGAAUGGCUUAGGAGUUGCUGGGCCUGAAGCUCAGGCGCGUGUGCCACCUCACUUGUCCCAGAAGCAAUUGACAGCUCAGGACGUUGCAUCAAAAGAUCUUCCACCUUCCAGUCCACGAGGAGGCGAGGCUUCUCGUCUUGGUCAUGUUUCCUAUGACUCGGGGAUUUCAGUUCAAGACGGUCGAAGCAAGACGAGCAGUACCCCUCCUGAAACCGGCCAGUCGUUGAUUAGUCCUGAGAGUUCAAGCUCCUCUCAAUCCGGCUCGAGCGAGGGUAGCGGCAAUCGCAAGCCCGGGAAGUUCGGACGGUUCUUGAACAGUGCUCGCAAGCCCCUUGCAAGCCAGGCCUCUCAACCCUCCGACAAAACCAGCAUUCCCUCGCGCCCUAAAGGAAGAUUCAAUGAGCGGGGUGGAUCUUUUACCCUCUCCAUGAAGCGUCUGGGCCUCAUGGCUGAGCAUAGUAAAGCGGCUUUAGAGCCCACUACCAACGUGGAGAGCAAACGUCAAAACGACGAAGUGCCAGCGGUACCAGCACUGCCUAAGAUAGUGGCCGACGCAGCUGCGCUGGACGUGAACAGCGUAUCUGACGCCAGCUUCUGGUCUGCGGACGUCUCACUGACAUCAAAUUCCAUUGAACUCGUUUCUAGCCCCACGGCAAUCGCUCGUAAGCCCUUACCGAUUCGAAAAGAUUCUUUUGAGUCGACUCUGCCCGAAGUAAGAGCCGCUCAAGGAAAUAAGGCAUAUUCGGAACUGCAACACUUGAAAUUAGGGUUUGAGGACGUCGCCAUCAGCGUUGCACAUUCCGUGCCCUCUCUAUCUGAAGAUCCCCUCACGGACCAAAUGAAAAGAACGAGGUCGCCACCUGUCAGCAUGAGGACGCGCAAUAAAGGUUCUUCCCAGAAAAGGCCUCCUUCACGGGCGCAAUCCACCCCCCCAGUUAGUGGCCAGGGGCCUACUGCGUUGCCUCUGAGUACGAGAUCCAGUAGAGAGAACAUGCGCAGCUAUCCAACAUUUCAGCCACUCUUGUCAAGAAGGUCGAGCCGUGACAAUGUCCACAGCUACCCACCAGCUCAGGCUGUGUAUGAGAACUUGGACCGCUGUAUCACUAGUCGGUCUCCCGCCCCAGUCGACACACAACGCUUAACAAGUUUGAAUUCCAUGGAGGGUGAGCACCGUCUUCCCAAUUGGGAGGUCCAGACAGACCAUGGCGCACUUUCUCAACGUUCGUUUGUCAACAAUAGCCGUGGUGCUUCCCCCGUAGACCAGGCUAGCCAUCAAAAUCCCGUUUCUCUGGAGCCGAGGUCACAUCUACAUGUACAUAAAUCUGCCAGGCCUAUGGUACUCCGUCACCAAUCCAGUUAUGACGGGUACAGCUAUGAGCAGGUUAAGGCAGCGGCUGAAGCAGCAGCCGAUCGUUUCCACGAGGAGAGCUUAUACCAAGAUAACGGUCCUUUCCCUUCCAUGAAGCACGCAGAUGGGCAAUCGUACGUUGCUGAUCCCUGGAGUGGUCGGUCUAUGCCACAGUCACUGGAUCAGCAAGGCCGCCUUCCACCACAUGUGUCUCGCAGGCACGCGAGAACGAACAGCCUAGGGUCCCACGGUGUCUCAGCCCCCUACCGUGUGCUUCACAGCUACAAUUCUCCUGCGUAUAAAAAUGCGCCGAUCUGGGGUUGA